AUGCCCGCCCGCAAAGCCCUAAUCGCCGUGACCUCCGCCACCGCCCCCCUCUUCAACGGCAAGGAGCAAACCGGCCUCUUCAUCAGCGAGGCACUGCAUCCUUACCGUGCUCUCGUCGCCGCUGGCUUUGAGGUUGACCUCGCUUCGGAAACUGGUAAAUACACUCCGGACUGGCUUUCUCAGCAGCCGGAUUUCCUCAACGGCGAGGACCUUGCCAUCUGGAAUGAUACAAACAGCGAUUUCCGCCGCAAGCUGGACAACAUGCGACCUGCUGCCGAACUGCUCGAUACCAACACCUACGGUCUCUUCUACGCCUCUGCCGGUCACGCCGCCUUGAUCGACUACCCCAGGGCCCGCGCGCUACAGAGCAUCGGCGAGAGAGUGUGGGCGGACGGGGGCGUAGUGGCCUCCGUCUGCCACGGGCCUGCCAUCUUUGCCAACAUGCGGGACCAGGCCACGGGGGCGCCGAUCAUUCAGGGACGGAGAAUUGCCGGGUUCACGACGGAGGCAGAGGAGACAAUGGGAAUCAUGGGGGAGUUGCGAGGACUCGGAACAGAGAUGGUCGAGGAGCUGGCCCAGCGCUUGGGAGCGAAGUACGAACGAUCGGCAGGCAUCUGGGACGAUUUCCAUGUGGUCGAUGGACGGUUGGUCACUGGGCAGAACCCGGCCAGUGCGACUUCGACGGCCAAGGCCGCUAUCAAGGUGUUUGACAAGCUUUAG